CCGGCUCCUCCCCUUCCAUCUUGCACAGGUGUACCAGUUCCUCCCCUUCAGUCUUGCACAGGUGUACCGGCUCCUCCCCUUCCAUCUUGCACAGGUGUACUGGCUCCUCCCCUUCAGUCUUGCACAUGUGUACCAGCUCCUCCCCUUCAGUCUUGCACAGGUGUACCGGCUCCUCCCCUUCAGUCUUGCACAGGUGUACCGUCUCCUCCCCAUCCAUCUUGCACAGGUGUACCGGCUCCUCCCCAUCCAUCUUGCACAGGUGUAUCGGCUCCUCCCCUUCCAUCUUGCACAGGUGUACCGGCUCCUCCCCAUCCACUUGCACAGGUGUACCAGUUCCCCUCCUGGACUGAAAUGCCUUGCUCUGCUUUCAUUGUCCAUUGUGAGCUUCUCACGAUGUGCAUUAGAAGCUGCAGCAAGUCACAUAGAGCUCCGCCUCCUGGCUGGAGGACGUUCAGCAUCUUGUUCUUCCACCUUAGCCUGACCAGCCUUGCCUGGCCCUUUCAUUUCAUUGGUUUUGGGUUCUUUCAUUCAUGGAUUUUCACCAUGAACCUAUGGAAAUACAGCCUGUCUAGGAAUGCCCACUCCUCC